AUGGAAGGCAUCUCCGAUGUUGCGCAGGUUUUCAAGGUUUACUGGGCGUUGCUGCUGGGAAACAUUCUUGAAUGGUAUGAGUUCGCCAUUUACAGCUUCCUGGAGCCAUACUUGGAAAUCAACUUCUUUGGUGGCUCUGCCAUCUCAACUUGGUUGGGAUUUGCGUGCACCUUCGCAGCUCGACCGUUCGGCGGCAUCGUGCUUGGGCUUCUUGGAGAUCUCUUCGGGCGAAAAGUUUCAACGUUCCUCUCGAUCUGCGGAAUGAUCAUCGGCACCGUGGGCCAAGGCUUGGUGCCCAGCUUCCAAAGUGGCAAAGUGGCUGGGACUAUUGGGCUUGUGCUGUUGGUUCUGCUGCGGCUCCUUCAGGGCAUCUGUACCGGCGGUGAGAUCGCAGCUGUCUCCACCUAUAUCACUGAAGUUGGUCCAAAGAGAUCCCUGGCGCGGUCUAUGGCCCUGAUAGGAAUCACCGCAAACGCGGGCUUCCUUCUGGCGCAACUUGCCAGCUACUUGACACGUGAGGCAGUAGGUGUUACUGCUAUGGAGAACUGGGCAUGGCGCAUCCCCUUCAUCAUCGCUAUCAUCCCGGGCGCUGUUGCAACUGCUGGGCGGCGCUGCAUCCCCGAGUCACAGGUCUUCCUGGAGGCGAAGGCCCAGGCAGACGCCACAGCGCAGGUGUCAGAAACCAGCUGGGAUUCAGCAGAUGGUGCAGUUUCAGUCACUGUCGUUGCGGUCCCGGCUGAAGGUGCAGCUCGCCAGGCCAUGACCCGCAUCAAGCACCUGAUUGCAUCGCAGUGGCUAGCUCUGCUGGUAGGAAUCGGCAGUGUGGCAGGAGUAUCUGUCCUGCAGUACGGCGGAUUUCUCUGGGGCAAUGUGUUUUUGAAAAAACAUGGCGCAACACCCGACAGUUUGAUAGCAGCAGGAACUACGGCACGUUUGUUGUCAAUUGUUCUUGCACCCUUUGUGGCUUGGCUAGCUGACACAGUGGGAAUUGGUUGGAUUCAACUGGUUGGUACGCUGGUGCUGACAUUCGCUGGACUGCCACUCUUCCUGGUACAGAAGUGGAUGCCCGAUAGCUUCAGCAUCGUGAUUGCAGCCUAUGGAAUUGGCUAUGGAACAAUCUUCGGUCUGGUCGGGAUGAUAUUCUUCUUGCUCGUCGUGGAACUAUUCCCGGUGGAGGUGAGGAAUGCGGGUGUGGGAUUGAGUUACAACAUCGGCUUUUGCUUUUUUGGAGGCUUCGCCCCGACGGUCUUUCAGGCAGCGCUUUCAUGGCAUCCCUGGGGACCUGGAUGGCUGAUGUCCUUUGCAGGGCUCGCCUCCCUGCUAACAUUCGCUGCGAGCAUUUGGCUACAAGCUGCUGGGAAGGGAAACUUCCGGCUCGCGCACAUCAGGGUGCUGCUGUACAGUGCACAGAAGGACUGGCCAUCCUCAGGUGAGAGCGAUGACCUGCUGAAUGAGUCGCAGUCCAUCCUGUUCAGCGAGGUGUUCUCGAGCUUUCUCGAAACGGCCUCCACACCGCAGAGAAAAGGACCCAAGCCCAAGGAUAUCAAGAAGACGAAGGACUCCAAGGAUGUGAGCACUUCCAAAGAUUCAGGUGCCCGUGAAAAGGGUGAGAAGGACAGUCUCAAGGCUUGCGAAUGGUCGCCGAUUCUGAACGUUCAGAGAAAGUUUUGCAAGCAUCAGCAGAGACAGUAUUCUGUCCAGGUCGCAGCGGACCUUCUGAAAGGAGAGCCAUUCGGCAAAUUGCGGAGGAAGGGAUAUGGAGCCAUGAUGCGAAAUCCUCCGCUUUCCCUACCGUCUGCUGUGUCUGCACAGUUCGGCUUUCCGAGCGACUGGUUGACUUCCAGAUCUUCCUGCAACGAUGUUGCGCGGAGGAGGAAUUUGGCCCCGACAGUCGAGCGCUUCCCCGCAUUGAGAAGCAGUGGUGUUAGGCCUCCGCUAGGCGAUUUAGAUGAGAUAGACGCAGCAGAUGAGGCAGCCGCAUGGUCGGCAUCUGCGCGUAAGGUGAAUGAUCGGCGUGAAGUUCGUGAGCCAGCCUUCAAGAUUGAUCGGCCCUGGCUUUCCGGAGCGCGGCGACCUCGUCUUUUGGAGCGUGCAGCUGGAGGCUUGUGCGAAGCAGCUGAUGAUGCGUAUCUCUACGCGGCCGCGCCCAAGAAUCGGGGACUGACGAUGAGCAUGAUAUCCAUCACGGGCCCCUCAGAGUCACCAAGUCGCACUCCCACGGUGACAAUGCGACCCGAUGAGCCCAGGAAGUCCAUCAAAUCCAAGAUCAAGGAAGCAAUGAUGAACAGAAUGAGCGAGCAGAUAGAUGUCGUUCAAGAUGCGGCAAGCCAAGUGAAAGACUCACGGCGUCAGAGGGCAGAUGACGAACGGGAAGUUGCCUUCAAGGAAGCACAAAAUCAGGCUGAUGCCAGCGACGAGGCCGCAUCGAAAAGCACUGGCCUGUGGAGGCUUCACCACAAGGAGUCAAAGCGCUCCCGCCUCUCACGCAUCACAACCUGCCGGAGGCUGAAGGAGACCGAUGGCACCGUUGCGGUUGGCUACCGCGACAGGGUGAACAGAUAUGAGGCCGAGGCAGCGCAGGAGUGCUUCUUGCGGUAUUUUUCCUCCAAGUCUGGCAAUGCCUGGAGCGCAGACGACAUCAUUGAAGCACUGGCAGAUUUCGGCAUCAAGGCCGCGAGCCGUUCCGAGAAGCUGGCGUUGAAGUCUGUUCUGAGUGAGUACGAGGGAGAUGAGAUUGGCUUCAACAAUUUCUGCUCCAUCAUAGAGGAGGCUCGCAGUAAGUUGAGAUCAACAAGAUCACUCGCUGUCUUCCAGGCAUGGAAAUAUGCAGACAAGGAGGAUGCUGGAGGCUUGCAUGCGGAGGCCGUGAUGCAGUUACUGGAGGAUCUCCAGCUGGCAUCUGAGAAGGACAGUUUGGAGCGCCAGUAUGUGGAGGCCAUGGUGUCAGACUGCCGCCCAGAUCCGGCUACAGGCCUCAUCGGGCUGUCAGAGGUGGAGUUCUUGUUUUCCGCGGUUCGUGAGUACAUGAUGCAAUGCCAACGAAGUCGAGAGCGGGAGCUGCAGGCAGAGUACGGGCUUUCGGGCACCAUGUUCCAAGAGUUCCGCAGCCAGUUGAUCAAGUUUCAUGAGUCUUUCCAAGAACUUGAUGAUGAUGACAGUGGCGAACUGGAUGAGAACGAGGCCAUGAACCUCCUGACUCACUUUGGAUGCCUGAGCAACGUGUCCAGCAUGCCAGUCGAGAAGAAGAUGCAAGCUCAGGCAAUCAUUGAGUGGCACCUGAACGAGUCUGAGGAUCAUACGCUCUCCUUUCCAAGGUUUCUGUCAGUAGUCAAGCACCUCCGCACUUUGGGAAUGGAUGACAAGAUGGAUGUUGUGGAAUCACUCUUCAACCAAUACGACCGCGACCAGUCGGGCAAGCUGACAAUAAAGGACGUCUGCCAGAUCCUCAUGGACCUUAACAUCAAGCCUAGGUCUGUUCUGGAGCAGGAGAACAUGGCCCAGCUGAUAGAGGAAGCGGACUCUGAAGGAAGCGGGCUGCUAAAUGUCACGGAGCUCUUACUACUUGUCCAGCGAAUAAACGAGCGUGUUGCUGAGCUGGAUCGCAUGGACAUCUUGCGGAAGGCCCAGGCCCUGAACUUCACAACGAAGCAAGCCAAUACCCUCUGGGAAACCUUCGAGGAGCUUGAUGAAGAUGGUGAGGGCUUGGUGCCAACUGGCCAGGCGAGCAGGCUUUGGCAGUGA